UCGGACUCAAGCUGCAGCUCCUGAUCCUCUCUCUGUGAAUAAAGAUAGAGCUUUACCCAGACUGCACAUUCCUUCCUCUGUCCCAGAUCUAGCACAGUAGCGCCUCGACAUACGAACAAACCCGUUCAUGUACAAAUCGGUUUACGAACAGGAUUGUACGUAAAAUUUUGCUUCAAGGUACGAACACAGAAGCUCUCGGGCCCUGCAUGAUCUCAUUCAGUUCGUCUUUGGCCUGUGCGCUGUGAACAGCCGUCCAACCAUUCUUACGCUAUCCAAACAAUGGGAAAAGUUGAUUACGUUCGUAAGUCGAGGCGCUACUGUAUUUGAAAAUCUGAAGACGGAAGUUUCAACAUCAACAGAUGAAGGGCUUAAGCCCGAAAUGUUGACUCUCCUACUUCUCAGAUGCAGCCUCACCUGCUGUGCUUUUCCAGCGCCACACUUUUCAAUACUGACUCUCCAGUGUCUGCAGUCCUCACUUUGACGUCAAUGUCUGACAGUCACUCAAUCCAUCGGGACUGUAACGGUUUUCAUCUAUGAUUCUGUGAGAAGGAGCAAAGCUUUUUGGUUCCUGUCUAAGUACGUUUUCAGCAUCAGUGGGACUGGAUGAGAGACCCUACCAUUGCAGCACACUGAGUGUGGAGCCUAAAAUAACUAAACGGCCUGGAAAGAGGAAUUCACAGCAGGGAGUGGCUCCACACUUCGGCCAUGGAGAAACCUGACAAAUCCCACCUCUUGGAGAAACCAUGGAAGUGUGGUGACUGCGGGAAAGGCUUCCGUUUCCCAUCUUCCCUGGAGAUUCAUCGGCGUAGUCACACUGGGCAGAGGCCGUUCACCUGCCCAGUCUGUGGGGAGGCCUUCAGAUAUUUCUCCUCUCUGCUGAGGCACCAGCGGAUCCACACGGGGGAGAGGCCCUUCAGCUGCCCCGAGUGCAGGAAGGCCUUUAUCCAGGUCUCUGGACUGCUAAACCACCAGUGUGUCCACACAGGGGAGAGGCCCUUCAGAUGCCCCGAGUGCAGGAAGGCCUUCAGCAAUUCCUCCUCUCUGCUGAGGCACCAGCGGAUCCACACGGGGGAGAGGCCGUACAGCUGCCAUGAGUGCGGGAAGGCCUUUACCCAGGUCUCUGGACUGCAAAACCACCAGCGGAUCCACACGGGGGAGAGGCCGUACAGCUGCCAUGAGUGCGGGAAGGCCUUUACCCAGGUCUCUGGACUGCAAAACCACCAGUGGGUCCACACAGGGGAGAGGCCAUUCAGCUGCCCCGAGUGCGGGAAGGGCUUCAGCACUUCCUCCCACCUGCUGAGGCACCAGCAGAUCCACACGGGGGAGAGGCCAUUCAGCUGCCCCGAGUGCAGGAAGGCCUUCAGGGAUUCCUCCGCCCUGCGGAGCCACCAGCGGGUCCACACAGGGGAGAGGCCAUUCCCCUGCCCCAAGUGUGGGAAGGCCUUCACCAAAUAUAUUAGCUUUCAGACUCAUCGGCGCAGUCACACCGGGGAGAGGCCAUUCCCCUGCAUCGACUGCGGGAAGGCCUUCAGACAUUCCUCCCACCUGCUGACCCACCAGCAGGACCACACGGGGGAAAGACCCUUCAGCUGCCCCGAGUGCGGGAAGGCCUUCGUGUUUUUCUCCGCCCUGUUGGCCCACCAGCGGGUCCACACAGGAGAGAGGCCGUUCAACUGCCCAGAGUGCGGGAAGGCCUUCAGGUAUUCCUCCACUCUACUGAGCCACCGGCGUGUCCACACCGGGGAAAGGCCCUUCAGCUGCCCCGAGUGUGGGAAGGCCUUCAGCGAUUCCUCCACCCUGCGGAGCCACCGGCGCGUCCACACAGGGCAGAGGCCCUUCAGCUGCCCUGAGUGCGGGAAGGCCUUUACCCACGUCUCCUCCCUGAUGAGGCACCAGCAGAUCCAUACAGGAGAAAGGCCCUUCAGCUGCCCCGAGUGUGGGAAGGCCUUUACCCAGGCCUCCACCCUGCUGACCCACCAGCGGGUCCACACAGGGGAGAAGCCCUACAGCUGCCCCAAGUGUGGGAAGGCCUUCAGCAAUUCCUCCACCCUGCUGACCCACCAGCGGGUCCACACGGGGGAGAGGCCGUUCACCUGCUCUCAGUGUGGGAAGGGUUUCACCUGUUCCUCCAACCUGCGGAGCCACCAGCGGGUCCACACGGGGGAGAGGCCCUACACCUGCCCUGAGUGUGGGAAGGCCUUCAGCACAUCCUCCACCCUGCUGAGGCACCAGCGGAUCCACACCGGGGAGAGGCCGUUCAUCUGCUGUCAGUGUGGGAAGGGCUUCACCUACUCCUUCCACCUGCGGAAGCACCAACGAGUUCACACUGUGGAGAAACCGUGGAAGUGUGGUGACUGUGGGAAAGGCUUCCGUGUCCCGUCUACCCUGGAGACUCAUCGGCGCUGUCACACCGGGGAGAGGCCAUUCCCCUGCACCGACUGCGGGAAGGCCUUCAGAGAUUACUUCCACCUGCUGAGGCACCAGCGGAGCCACACGGGGGAAAAACCCAUCAGCUGCCCAGAUUGUGGGAAGGCCUUCAUAUUUUUCUCUGCCCUGUUGGCCCACCAGCGGGUCCACACAGGAGAGAAGCCGUUCAGCUGCCCAGAGUGUGGGAAGGCCUUCAGGUAUUCCUCCAACCUGCUGACCCACCAGCGUGUCCACACCGGGGAGAGACCGUACACCUGCCCUCAGUGCAGAAAGAGCUUCACCUGCUCCUCCAACCUGCGGAGCCACCAGCGGAUCCACACCGGGGAGAGGCCCUUCAGCUGCCCUGAGUGUGGGAAGGCCUUUCACGAUUCCUCCACCCUGCUGACCCACCAGCGGAUCCACACCGGGGAGAGACCCUUCAGCUGCCCCGAAUGCAGGAAGGGUUUCAACUGCUCCUCCCACCUGCGGAGCCACCAGCGGAUUCACACAAGGGAGAGGCUCUUCACUUGCUCUCAGUGCAGGAAGGCCUUCAGCUAUUCCUCCACGCUGCUGAUCCACCAGCGGAUACACACCGGGGAGAGACCAUACAUCUGCUCUCAGUGCGGGAAGGGCUUCACCUGCUCCUCCAACCUGCGGAGACACCAGCGAGUUCACGUGCCAUCGCAGGGAGAUUGAAGGAGUGACGGCCGAGUGCCAUUAUCGAUUGGAAUAUCAACCCGGUUCCGGGGACUCCCGGGUUUGAAUCCCGCCACGACAGAUGGCAGAAUUGGUAUUCGGUCAGAAAUGUGGAGUUGGGAAUUUAACAAUGAGACAGUUUCAGG